CAUCAGCGCCGAUCCAUCCCUCAAUCCGUCAGCCCCGCCCCCCGCCAGCCGCCCUGCUCAACACGCACCCUGCGCGUCGCGCAUCAUUCCUCCGGAAUAAUGACCAACGACUCACCGGAGGAGACCCGGUCCGGAGGUGGGGGUGCAGGACCGAAAAGCACCAGAAACCGGCCCAACGACAAUGUCACCAUCCUCACGUCCUCGGCGGAUCUAGCGCGGAGCAGCAGGGGCCACCGGCCGAGCAACAGCGGGGAUAAUGCCUCGGCUCUCUCGUCCUCCCUGGAGCUGACCACGUCUCUCGAACUGAGCAUCCAGACGCGGAUCUUUAAGAUUAUCGUUAUCGGAGACUCCAAUGUCGGCAAGACCUGCCUUACGUUCCGCUUUACUGGCGGAAGCUUUCCGGACAAGACGGAGGCGACGAUCGGCGUGGAUUUCAGAGAGAAGGCGGUAGAGAUUGAAGGAGAGACGAUAAAGGUCCAGGUCUGGGACACUGCUGGCCAGGAGCGAUUCCGUAAGUCCAUGGUGGAGCACUACUACCGCAACGUCCACGCCGUGGUCUUCGUCUACGACGUCACCAAGAUGAACUCCUUCCGUAACCUUCAGACGUGGAUCCAGGAGUGCAACGGCCACCGGGUCUCUGCGUCUGUCCCACGCGUCCUGGUGGGCAACAAGUGUGACCUGGUGGACCACAUCCAGGUUCCCUCCAACAUGGCGCUGAAGUUCGCCGAUGCUCACAACAUGCUGCUGUUCGAGACGUCGGCCAAGGACCCCCGGGAGAGCCAGAACGUGGACUCCAUCUUCAUGUCCCUCGCCUGCCGACUCAAGGCCCAGAAGUCCCUGCUCUACCGGGACGUGGAGAGGGAGGACGGGCGAGUGAGGCUCACGCAAGAGGCGGAGACAAAGACUAACUGUCCCUGUUGAGAGAGAUAGAGAGAGAGAGAGAGAGAGAGAGAGAGAGAGAGAGAGAGAGAGAGAGAGAGAGAGAGAGAGAGAGAGAGAGAGAGAGGCAAAGGGGUAGGGGUGGUCUAUGACAGAGUGGACAUCUUUGGUUUGGAGACAUCUUUGUUCAGGGUUCUGUCGGUAAGAUUUAAGAUCUAUAAUUUGACAGUCAUUGGUUUGAAUUACCGAAGCCAUCCUUUAGCCAUUAGCUGGUGAAAUGCUAUAUGAGAGUUUCUGUUCUGGUUGUCUGCAUGCCUGCAUGUAUGAGACCAUUUACAGUAAGGUUCAUUUCAGUCUGAUUGAUUCAGGUCAUCCUUCUUGCCUGCCAAUCACAUUCACUCUGUAUCAUAGCAUAGUUUGUGAAUGCCACACUUUCAUUGUCCUAAUCUUGCUAUCUUCUGCACUCUUCGGCUCUCUCUUUCUCUCUUUACGACCAUCAAAUCUUACCUGCAGCACCUUUAAGGUGUGGAAAUGAAGCUAUUUAAAGAGGGGAUAAUAGGAGAUGAUAGAUAUUCAUAAGAAAAGAUAGCAUAGGCAUGGAUCAUAAGCAACUUAAUAUUGGGUCCCGAGCCGUCCUUAAUGAAGGAUGAUUAAUAGGGCGUGGUGUGGUCGUUUCUGUGGAGGAGGAGAUGAUAAUCGAGGUAACAUAUAUCUACUAAAACUAUGCCUAUGUACCAAUACCCAGGUCCAAGGAGUUGCCCUCUUCAUCAACCCUUACUGUUAGUCUUUCUCUCUGUGUCUCCUUCUCGCUCACUGGUAGCUCUACUAGCUUUUCCUUUGAAGGAAGACACAUGUAUAACACACAUACUAAUAGCGUAGGGGUUUCAAAAUGUAGGAGGUGACAGGCCUGUCAUGUAUUGUAAGGCCAUGCUCGUGAAACAGUGGUACGGACUCAGAAUAAGGGAAGAUUACCUUGUGUUAAUUUCAGUGCCAUUUUAUUUUGUCUUUUAAUGCAUUAUUUUGUCUUUAUGUUUUUUUCAUGUUUUUUUUAAUAUAAUUUUAUACCGUAAUUUUUGGACGAUUGUUGUUUUUUAUUUAUUAAUUUUUAUUUGACUUUAGAUAGGAACAAUCUAAGGAGCAAAUUCCCCAACAUUGCUAGUAUGGUCAAGUAGAUUUGCACACCGAAAUGGCAGGGCAGAUUCAAACACAUCUGCAAACACAUCUCUCACUUGGGACAUUUUUUGAGGGUCAAGGUCCUUUCUAAAUACUGAAUAUAAAGAAAGCUUAUUGCAGUGUAUGUGACAUACUGACUAUCAAAGCAGCGGGAUUUACCUUCGCAGGGUUGUCAAGGCUGGUCGAUCCAUCAUUAUCUGCUCCCAUUGUUGAGCUCCCCUGAGCUACACUCACCUUGACACGUUACUACAGAGCAAUAUCUACAUUCAUUGACCACACCCAGGCCGCGUUAUUCCUGUUGGACAGAUUUUACAUUUGUGGUUGUUUUUUCCAAAGAGGAAUCUACUAUCUAUUCGGCAAAAUAACAGAAAUUUGUUGUUCAAUUCAGGUCAGAAAGACAACUGGAAGUCACUUUGUAUCAAUGAAGGAUGUUUAUUAAAUAUCCAAAAUACCUUUCCAUCUGUCUUGUAGCUGACUCAGAGAAAAAACGUUGAUCUCAUGGAAAGUGAGGUGUAUAUACAAAUUAGAGAGGAUUUGUCCGAGAUUCGUUAGUGACCGGCUCAGCAUGCAGAUGUUUCCGUUAAAUAUAAGCAUUCAUUGACCAUUACAUAAACCAAUAACCCUGUUUGAUAUUGGGACGUGUGCUGUAUGUUCGAGCCAUUUGGCUUUCUUUUUGUUGGUGUGAAAAACCAGGCCUUAAUCUAAAAGACAUUACUGUGACGCACUUCUGCUGGAAUUGCUGUGUCUUUCCUUCCUUAAUGUUCAAGGCACUAGAGUGGCCGGCAUUUACACAGACAUGGUACCAGUAUAAGCUUUGUUCACUCAUUGAUUUCUUUGAUGGGAUAUUUUUUUAAUGUGGUACCUUUCCCACGAUAAUGGACUGUAUGGAAAGGUCCCCUCCCCCCCCGAAUAAAUCCACAUGAACGCAAGGCUUGUAUGUGCCGGAGCAGCGCCACUGGACUCAUUCCAAUGCCUAGGAGGAGAUGAAUCUCAGAGUGGGUGCAUCCACUCGGACGUCUCUACCGCUUUAAGUACACACACUGUUUACUGUAAUGUUCUACGCGACCAAAGCUCUGUGACUGCGUUGUCAGAGCGUUGAGAGGGUAACCCCACCACCACACUGCGAGGGAAGAAGCCCUUCUGCAUUCAGUCUCGUACUAUGAUAUACGACUUUGAUUUAGAAAAAGGGAUUUAAAAUUACAAUACAUUCGAAUAUAGUCAUAUGUCCACCAGCAAUGCAGUAAAAUAAAAUAAGGAAGUAUGUGAUGGUGUUUUACUUGAAAGAUACUGAAAGAGGUGGCUAGACUGCCAUUUUGUUAGGGGUGCGUACCCUGUAGCAAUUUCACCUCCCCAGUCCUUUAUGUAAUGUAACACCCCUUUGGUUAAAAUACUAAAUCUGUGCCUGGAUUUAAUUUAUGAAUGCAACAGAAUUUAAUAGAAUAACAUUGUGAAUUAUCUUAAAGUAUUAGGAUGAUUUGAUUUCUAUCUUGAUUAGCAUUGAAUUGUACAGCCUAAGUCACUUUUUAAAUGUUUAUAAUACAGGUUAGAUUGAUGAUCAAUAAAAUGUAUGACUGGUGAAUGUCCAAAUCAUUUCCAGUAUAUGAAUAAGUAAGAUAAUACAUAACCCCAAUUUAUUUCAUAAUUUAGAAUUGACUAUGAUUUAUUUUCUAAGUAUGAGUAUGCUUGUCUACAAGAAAGAAUGUGUAAUGUUAAGUUAAAUUAGCAUUUUUGCAUAUGACACAUGUUAGAGUUGUGACAUUCCUUUAUUUUGAUUGGGCCAAAGGACACAACACAAGAAAAUGUGUUGUGUAUUGUGUCAUUUUUUUCUUCUUCUGAAAAUAUAUGUGGCCCUAAAUGCUGGCAGCUACCAGUCUAGGUUUUAACUUCAAUAGUAAUUACCCCAAAAGCCUUAAUUAUUUUUUUUGAGUUUUUUUACAAUAUAACUAUUAUUUUUGUAUCCUUAUUCAGGAUGAGAAGAGAUUGUUCCAUUCUGUGGUUGUUUAUGCCUAUAUUCCCUUGUGAUUGAUUGUCGGUUUAGUGUGCAGUUUUAGCCUACUAUUUAUGUUCCAAUCUUACACAGGGCGUCGGAUAAAGAUUAAAAAUGAAACAUUUCCUCUCUGAGGUUUCAGUAACCAGGGUCUGAUUUUGUUGUAUAAUAUGCAGCUCUACGACACUUUGUGUUCCUAUUAAAAUGUAAACAUAUCCUUA